AUGAAGGAACUGGAACAAAUGUGCGCACAGGUUAUUCCAUUGGCCGACUACUACAUUAUUGCUGGAGUGAUUUAUCAGGCACCUGACUUAGGGUCUGUCAUUAACUCCAGAGUUCUUACUGCAGCACAUGGAAUUCAGUCUGCAUUUGAAGAAGCUAUGUCCUACUGUCGCUAUCACCCAUCCAAGGGCUACUGGUGGCAUUUCAAAGAUCAAGAAGAACGAGAGAAAGCUAAACCAAAAACCAAGAAGAAAGAAGAACCAAGUUCUAUUUUCCAAAGGCAACGGGUAGAUGCUUUGCUUUUAGACCUGAGACAAAAGUUUCCACCCAGAUUUGUUCAGCAAAAGCCUGGAGAAAAGCCUAUCCCAGUGGAUCAAAUCAAGAAGGAACCAGAACCAGCCCCUGAAACUGUCAAGACAGAGGAAAAAGAAACUGUAAAGAAUGCUCAGCAGAGUGCUGGCACUAAAGGACCACCUGAAAAACGGAUGAGACUCCAGUGAAGGGAAAAGUUGUUACACAUCUUGAUUAGUCAGUACCUGGAAAACAGGAGAAUCUUGCUCCCCCUUAUAUUUAAGCUCUUCCACUGACAAUUCGGUGGAAGAAGGAACUGAAGUCCCUGUAACAGCUUUUUCUGUAGAAACCUGUCAUGCUAAUGUUAAUAUCAGAAUGUGAUCUGCCUCAAAGAAGGUGUUUUCAGUCUUCAUCUUGUUUUGAAUGCUGGCUUCUGGGAAUGGUUUUCACAUGGACAUAUUUUGCAGCCUCCUGAAAUCUUUACAAACUCUUGCAUCCCUUGUGUCUUGGCUUCCUAUGUAAAAAUAAAAACUUUUAUAUAAAAAACCCCACUGAAUUCUUGGCAAAUAACUCCUGGCUGCUGGAA